AACCAAACAAAUGCCUGUCUCGCUGCUAUCUUCGUCUCCCACGCUCGCCCCCAACUUCGCCUCCGACCUCUCCAAAUCUGUCUCUCAUCCGCCUCCGAGCCAUCUUGGAUCCAUGGAUUAUUCUUCUCGAGAUCCCUCUCUUCUUCCUCCUCUGCCACCAUCAAUCCCGUCCCGACGAAGAAGAGGAGGCCGAUGCCGCGAAGACUGCCCCUCCGCCGCCGUGGCAGCGACGGGCGGAGGCCUGAGCCCAGGACGCCGGCCCAUGUGAUUGAUAGAUGGUGGGCGAUGGGACCUGCCCUUCUUCCCAUGUCAAUACAAUCACUCCCUCAAGCUGCCGAUCAUUACAACAAGUUGCGAUCUCCAGUACUGGAGAUUCAGAUUCAUGUGCAUUUCAAUUAUGCUGGCAGAUGUAGUUUGCCGGAGUUUUAUUACGUUUGUAUGCAAGCCUAUUCAAAUAGAAAGCACACGCCGUGCCUUCUUUCAGGACUUUAUACUCGAUACCAAAGCAGGAUUGAUCAGCACAAGUUGCUGCUCGGAUCUGAGGAGCGAACGACCAUGGCGAAAUUAGAGAUUGAUAGAAUUCGUUGCCGAGCAAGCUUUGGGUUCCGCUACCAGGAAACCUACGUACUCAGUGAGUGCCUCGAGGUUGUGAAGUCGAGUCUCUAAAUGCUUUAGGAUUUGUUUCAGAAACAAGUGAAAUGAACCCAACCACACUUUGGCUUCCUUGGAAACAACACCAAAUUGAACUUGCCGCAUCUACUGAUCCCGAGAACACAAGGAAAUCGCUAGCGUUCAAAUCUCGCUUAGCAUCAGCUUCAGAAAAUUUUCGUCCUUUGCACAUCCUCUGCCGUCUAGACUCCAAAUGCAGCCCAAUUCGCUGCGCAAAACCCAGUUUUUAGAUCUCAUUUGAUGUAGGGAAGUUAUCUCUUACUCCUGAGGAAGGGAAUGGAGGGAGAAUAUCGAAGAGAUCAGAGCAUAUCUCUACUGAUCAUCGUAGUCGUCGCCGUCCUGUCUCUCGUCUCCCUUACCCUCGCCUUCAGCUAUUACUGCUACAUUAGCAACAAAGUUGCCAAGCACCUCGAGUCCCUCAGCAAAUCGCCGAAGGAGGAGAGGGAAAAGGCGGCGCCUUUGAGCGGCAGUCGCAGCGGCGAAGAAGCGCCGGUGGUUGUGAGUGAGAGAGGUGUGCAGGUGUUCACAUACAAGCAGCUCCACUCCGCCACCGCGGGGUUCGGGAAGGGAAAUGUGGUGAGCCAUGGAAGCUCUGGGGCCGUGUACAGGGGAGUGCUCGCCGACGGGCGCGAGGUUGCCGUGAAGAUCAUGGGCCGGCCCGGGAUGCCGGGGGAGGAGGAGUUCAAGUUGGAGGUGGAGUUGCUGACGCACCUUCGUUCCCCAUAUCUGCUGAUGCUGAUAGGGCACUGCUCGGAUGGCGGCCACCGCAUUUUGGUGUAUGAGUUCAUGGCUAACGGUGGCCUUCAGGAACAUCUGUAUCCUCGAGGAGAAUUUGGCACUACAGGUUAUUGUGGUGGAACUUCGAAAUUGGACUGGCAAACUCGACUCAGGAUAGCCCUUGAAGCUGCGAAAGGUUUGGAGUACCUUCAUGAGCAUGUCACUCCGCCUGUCAUUCAUAGAGACUUCAAAACCAGAAAUAUUCUUCUGGACCAAAAAUUCCAUGCCAAAGUUUCAUAUUUUGGCUUGGCAAAGCUUGGAUCUGAGAUAGCUGGAGGCCAUGUUUCCAAACGCGUUUUAGGCACACAGGGAUACGUUGCCUCAGAGUAUGCUUUAACUGGGAAUUUGACUACCAAAUCAGAUGUAUACAGUUAUGGAGUUGUUCUAUUGGAGCUGCUAACCGGUCGAGUUCCAGUGGAUAUGACUAGGCCUCCCGGGGAAGGUGUUCUUGUAUCGUGGGCUCUGCCUUUGCUCAGUGACAGAGAAAAUAUUGUUCAGAUCAUGGAUCCUGCGUUGGAAGGCCAGUAUUCUGUGAAGGAUGCUGUUCAGGUUGCUGCCAUUGCAGCCAUGUGCGUGCAGGCAGAAGCUGAUUACAGGCCUUUAAUGGCUGAUGUGGUCCACUCACUCCUUCCUCUCGUGAGGAAGAGAUCAUCUGCCAAACACUUCUGAGUAUUUGUGAGCCAAUUCCUUUAGUGGAAUCCUAAGCCAAAUCUUUGUCAUGUCUUGCUUCUAGUUUAAGUUAGAACCCUCCUCGGCAUCCAAGUCUUUGUUUAACCUCAAACCUGAGUUGCUGAGCAAUUGAGAUCCAUUUAGCUGUACGCAAGUAUUUGUUUAACCUCAAACCUGAGUUGAUGAGCAAUUGAGAUCCAUUUAGCUGUA